GCCAGGAUGGGUCGGACAAGAGACGGGGCCGCUCCGGCUUGGAAGGCUACGUUUCCCAGCAGGACACUAUAUUCCAGCACCUGCAGACAGCUCGCUUCUGCUAGGAUCACUCUGUACCGUUCUCUUUCUUCAGCAAUCAACAUGUUUAUUUAGAAAAGCUGACUGCCUGGAAAGCCAGGUUGGAGGCGUCUGGGAGGCCACAGGAGACACACCGGCUAGAAAACCCAGAAGACAACAUUUCAGGACCCUUGCUUGCGACCCAAAUCGGUCCCUGGAGGCUGAAGGAGAUCCUGCCCUCAAAGCCUUUUAAUUGCCGCACUAGAGACUGAAUGGCCGCCUUGUUCAGCACCAAAGCUACGUCUGGUCCAGCGAGGAAUUGGUGAACCAAGCAGAAAAUUCCAGGGCACAGGCUAUUACAGGCUCCAAUUUGGAAGCUUCUUCUCCCACAGCCUGACAGAGCAAGCCGGGCCACAGGCUGCCAUGUUUGUGGUUCCAGCCCUGGUGUGGCUGAGCUCGAACAGCUGGGUCCUGCGGAGGGGGCAGAGAGAGGAGGGGGAGAGAGACCCCAGUGCAGGCCAGGAAGAGGCCCCUGGCUGUCACGGCUGGCACUGGCCUGGACCCUGCAUCUCCAACCGAGCUGUCCUUGCCGAGCUUCAAGCCCCCUCCCUAGGAAGCAUCCUGGUCUCAGAGCCAACGGGCCACAGUUUACAGGCUGCCCGGCGCCCCGACGACGAGGCCGCUGAGCCCCGGGCCAUGGUCCCGUCUCGCCGGCCGUGGAACCUGGGAGCCACGCCCUCGCUGCGCGGCCUGUGGAGAGUGGGCCGGGCCCGGGAGCCCGAGCCCGGGAUGGCUCGCCCCGCCCCCGCCAGCCCGGCCGCCCGCCCUUUCCCACACACCGGCCCGGGGAGGUUGAGAACUGGGCGUGGAAAAGAUACCCCAGUCAGCGGUGACGAGGACUCCGGUGCCCGAAGCGCAGCUCGCCCGGCCCUAGCUCAGUGCCGGGCCCUCAGUGUGGACUGGGCCGGCCCUGGGAGCCCCCACAGGCUCUACCUGACCGUGCAGCAAGCCCUGCUGGACAAGGGGUGCGAGAACAAGAGUCAGGGGACGAAAGAAGAGAAGCUCCUGAAGAGGCAGGCGCCGGGCCCCAGGCGGGACCGGGAGGCCCAGGAAGCUGGUGGCGCCAUGAAUGUAGAGAAAACAGGUGGGCGGCUCUUUGGCAGCGGGAGGUGCUCGAGCCUGGCGGGGCCGCCAGGUGCAGCCCCCAUGGUGCAUAGGAUGGUGGAGGCCAUGUCCCAGCUGCAGGAGGAGAAAGCCCGGCUACAGGAGGAGCUGGCAGCCCUACAGGAGAGGCUGGCCCUCCGAGACAGUGACCAGCAAGCCACAUCCACCCAGCUGCAGAAUCAGACUUUCCUGAGAGCCCAGGCUACCUGGGUCUUGAAGUGGGAGAGGGUGCUGAAGGCUAUUGGGAUGGGGCAGGUGGAAAACCUGAAGGAGAAGCUCAUUAGCCAAGCCCAGGAAGUGAGCCGCCUUCGAUCAGAGCUGGGAGGCACGGACUUGGAGAAGCACCGGGACCUGCUGAUGGUGGAGAAUGAACGGCUGAGGCAGGAGAUGCGGCGCUUCGAGGCGGAGCUGCAGGAGCUGCGGGCCAAGCCGGUGGCCCCCUGCACGGGCUGCGAGCACAGCCAGGAGAGCGCCCAGCUCCGGGACAAGCUGUCACAGCUGCAGCUGGAGGUGGUGGAGAACAAGGGCAUGCUGUCGGAGCUGAACCUGGAGGUGCAGCAGAAGACCGACCGGCUGGCGGAGGUCGAGCUGCGGCUCAAGGACUGCCUGGCCGAGAAGGCGCAGGAGGAGGAGCGGCUGAGCCGGCGCCUCCGGGACAGCCACGAGACCAUCGCCAGCCUGCGGGCCCAGUCGCCGCCAAUCAAGUAUGUCAUCAAGACCGUGGAAGUGGAGUCGUCCAAGACCAAGCAGGCCCUCAGCGAGUCCCAGGCCCGGAACCAGCACCUGCAGGAGCAGGUGGCCAUGCAGAGGCAGGUGCUGAAGGAGAUGGAGCAGCAGCUGCAGAGCUCGCACCAGAUGACCGCGCAGCUCCGGGCGCAGAUCGCCAUGUACGAGUCAGAGCUGGAGCGGGCACACGGGCAGAUGCUGGAGGAGAUGCAGUCCCUGGAGGAGGACAAGAACCGGGCCAUCGAGGAGGCCUUUGCCAGAGCCCAGGUGGAGAUGAAGGCUGUGCACGAGAACCUGGCAGGUGUCCGGACCAACCUGCUGACGCUGCAGCCAGCGCUGCGGACCCUCACCAACGACUACAAUGGGCUCAAGCGGCAGGUGCGUGGCUUCCCCCUGCUCCUGCAGGAGGCUCUCAAGAGCGUCAAGGCCGAGAUCGGCCAAGCCAUCGAGGAGGUCAACAGCAACAACCAGGAGCUCCUGCGCAAGUACCGCCGGGAGCUGCAGCUGCGCAAGAAGUGCCACAAUGAGCUCGUGCGGCUGAAAGGGAAUAUCCGGGUGAUUGCUCGUGUCAGGCCAGUCACCAAAGAGGACGGAGAAGGACCCGAAGCGACCAAUGCUGUGACCUUCGAUGCUGACGAUGACUCCAUCAUCCACCUACUGCACAAAGGAAAGCCCGUGUCCUUUGAGCUGGACAAGGUCUUCUCCCCGCGGGCCUCACAGCAGGACGUGUUCCAGGAGGUACAAGCCCUGAUCACCUCCUGUAUUGACGGCUUCAACGUCUGCAUCUUUGCCUAUGGCCAGACGGGUGCCGGCAAGACCUACACGAUGGAGGGGACCCCUGAGAACCCAGGCAUCAACCAGCGAGCCCUGCAGCUGCUCUUCUCCGAGGUGCAGGAGAAGGCGUCCGACUGGGACUACACCAUCACCGUCAGCGCUGCCGAGAUCUACAACGAGGUCCUCAGGGACUUGCUGGGGCAGGAGCCCCAAGAGAAGCUGGAGAUCCGGCUGUGCCCAGACGGCAGCGGGCAGCUGUACGUGCCGGGGCUGACAGAGUUCCGGGUGCGGAGCGUGGAGGACAUCAACAAGGUGUUUGAGUUUGGCCACACCAACCGCACGACCGAGUUCACCAACCUGAACGAGCACAGCUCCCGCUCACACGCCCUGCUCAUCGUGACGGUGCGCGGGGUGGACUGCAGCACGGGCCUCCGCACCACGGGGAAGCUGAACCUGGUGGACCUGGCCGGCUCGGAGCGUGUGGGCAAGUCAGGGGCUGAGGGCAGCCGCCUGCGGGAGGCGCAGCACAUCAACAAGUCGCUGUCAGCCCUGGGGGACGUCAUCGCCGCCCUGCGCUCCCGCCAGGGCCACGUGCCCUUCCGCAACUCUAAACUCACCUACCUGCUGCAGGACUCGCUCAGUGGAGACAGCAAGACCCUCAUGGUGGUGCAGGUGUCCCCCGUGGAGAAGAACACCAGCGAGACGCUGUAUUCCCUGAAGUUUGCAGAGAGGGUGCGCUCUGUGGAGCUGGGUCCUGGGUCCCGCAGGGCAGAGCUCGGGUCCUGGUCCAGCCAGGAGCACUUGGAGUGGGAGCCGGCUUGCCAGACCCCACAGCCCUCGGCACGAGCACACUCAGCCCCCAGCUCCGGGACCACCAGCCGCCCAGGCUCCAUCCGGAGGAAGCUGCAGCCCUUGGGGAAGUCAAGGCCGGUGCCUGUGUGAUGGACGUGUCCACCCUAUCAGACCAGGGACUGGGUCGUGAGGCCUUGCUGGCCCGCUCCUGCUGUAGCACUGGGAGCCUAGGAGGCAAAGGCCAGGGUGGAGGCACCUCUUCCACCCCGUCUCCACUCAGAGAUGAGAAACAUGCUCAGAAGGAAAUGGUGUCUCUCGUCCGUGGCUGUGGGUUCAAGUGGCACAGGCCGGAAGGGUAGGGAUGGCCCACUCUGCCUGGCAGGCCAUCAGGGGGCCCUUACGGGGAGGGCAGGAGUAUGUGGGAAGGUGGUCCUCUCGCCCAGCCUGGUCUGACUUUCCCCCGCCUGCUGGGCCCCGUCUCUAGUGGGUGCGCUGAGGAGCCCCCGAGGGGCACAGGAACCAUGACACCCGGGCAGUUUGGUGGGCACCCUGGGGCAGCCCUGGCCGCACGCGGGCCCUGUGCCGGACAUGUACAUAGUGUUCUAGGUGUACAUAGGGGCACGGCCCUCCCUGCCGAGGGCCGGCCUUUAUUUAUGGCUGGCAGGAGGCCAGUGGGCGGGGAUUCUGCUGCUCCCCUCAUCUGCCUGGUACCAGGCUCUCUCCUUGCUCACUGGCCUCUUGACAUCUUCCCCCCUUUGAAAUCCUAUUUAAGAACUUUUGGAAGCUUAGCCAUUUUUACUUAAAAUAAAAACCUUUUUACACAA